AUGCACGCCAGCGUCAAGAAGGCCCACAAGGUCGCCAAGGUGGCCAAGAAGCGCGCCUACCGCAAGGGCGCCAAGCAGACGGCGGCGUGCGAUGGCACGCAGGUCAGUGUCCUCGGCGACGCCACGUACUGCGUCCAGGGCAGCGCGUGCUCGGGCUCGUCCAAGGCUGGUGUCUGCCCCUUGGCGAGUUCCGCGCCCAUUGCCGACUGCGUACCGGGCAUUGUGUCCUUUGAUCCGUCGACGCAGACGUGCUCGCUGCCGGCCGACGCGACGUGCACGGACCUCGGCAACGGCGCCUUCGGCUGCGUACUUGAAGAGAAGACCCCUGCGCCGACGACCGCAAGCAACGAGACGGGCGAUUUUGGGUGCGCGGAUACGGAAGUGAGCGUUCUCGGGGACGCUACGUACUGCAUCCAGGGCAACGCAUGCUCGGGCUCGUCCAAGGCCGGCGCUUGCCCCUUGGCGCAGUCGACAGCCCAUGCCGACUGCGUGCCCGGCAUCCCGUCCUACGACCCGAUCUCGAAGACGUGCACGCUCACCGACGACACCGAGUGCUCGGACCUCGGCAAUGGUGCUUUUGGGUGCGACGAGGCUGCUGAAGAGGUGGCCGCUGUCAAGACGCAGGACGACGAUGCGGACGUCGAGGUGUUGGUCUAAGCAGCUGCGCGCUAUCCCUCACCAGGCCCCAUGUCAACUUGUAUAUGCUUGCAUCCCGUCGUAACGUGAUAAUUCAAUGCAAUUGCUUCUCGAUA